AUGACCAGCAAAAAGUUAAAAGUUGAAACCGACAAUGACGAGGAGCAUCGUAUGGAGGCGAAAAGUGGCAGCGACGAUUCGAGCGACGAGGAAAAUGAAGAAGCAUACGAGGGUGAUGAAGGCAUUACCGUUGACUUCGAAGGACGCAAUCCAAUCGAUCCUGAUUUGGAUGGCAUUAAGCAGCUUUUGGGACAGCUGUUUGUAAAAGCGCACAUCGAUCUGACCGAGCUAGCGGGAGUUGUUGUGGCUCAAAACUAUGUCGGCAGUGUGCUGAAGCAAGCGUACAAUGAUGCCGACGAUGACGAGGAAGACGAGGACACAGACAUGGGUGAUCCCUGUCAGGUGGUGUUCGGCGUGACAACGGUUAUCAAUCUGGCCAACAAGCAGGAGCUUGCAGCCGUCCGUCAGCUAAAGAAGUUGAUCUUCGAAAAGGCGGAAAAAUAUGCGACCGAGCUAGUCAUACAGCAGUUCCGUGAAGCACUUGAAAGUGGUUCGAAAACGACGGGACUGUUGCUGAACGAACGUUUCAUCAACAUUCCGGCUGCGGUUUGUGUGCCGAUGUGCGAAAACCUACUCUCAGAAAUGGAACGCGCACGCACGAAGGGAAUGCCAUUCACGUUCGACUACUAUCUAAUGUUCGUGAAGUACUACCAACAAGCGGCCGAUGGAGAUAAACCCGCCGAGGUACUGUACAGCAACGAUGAGGAAGAAUAUUUUAUCAAGGAUUCGUGCGCAAGCUUCGACUAUUCCGUGCAGAAGGAAACAACCACAGCCCUCGCCGGCCAGUGGCAGAAAAAGGACGCCGAGCUGCAACCAUUCCGUAAGGUGCUUCUGAUCGAGGCGAGCAAAUUGCCGACCAUUAUAUCGUCCAUCAAGAACCUGGUAUCAUCAGUCACCAGCAAGUAG